GUAUAUGAGAAUGUGUGCGUGAGACAACUAGAGAGAGAAAGAGAUCUAAUAUAUUUAUCUUCCUAGUUCCAUGUUAUUUAGAGCAGAAACCUUAAAUCAAGUGGUCAUUCUUCUUUUGAGCUCUUCUCUUAAUUCUACCAAGAAAGAAAUCUAAAUAAUCAAUCCUUUAAACUUCAGAUUUAAAUCUCAAUCCUUCAAACUUCAUAUCUAGUUUUCUUCCUACAAAAAGAUCAAAUUAGCAAGCUUACUCUUUUAGUGAACUUGUUUUUGUAGAUUGAAUCCAAGCUAAGGAAAUUAGUAGAAGAUGACAGAGGAAGUGAUCUCAAGUGGAUUUAACUCAAUUGAAGGAUCCAAUCCUCUCCCUCUCAAGAAAAAGAGAAACCUUCCAGGAAAUCCAGAUCCUGAAGCAGAAGUGAUUGCCUUAUCACCAAAGACUCUGAUGGCAACCAACAGAUUCUUAUGUGAAAUUUGUGGAAAAGGUUUUCAAAGGGAUCAAAAUCUGCAACUUCAUAGAAGAGGACAUAAUUUACCUUGGAAGCUAAAGCAAAGGACUUCAAAAGAAGUGAGAAAGAGAGUUUACGUUUGCCCUGAAAAGAGCUGUGUUCAUCAUCACGCUUCAAGAGCUUUAGGAGAUCUCACUGGGAUAAAGAAACAUUACUGUAGAAAACAUGGAGAGAAGAAGUGGAAAUGUGAGAAAUGCUCUAAACGAUAUGCUGUGCAAUCGGAUUGGAAAGCUCACUCCAAAACUUGUGGCACUAGGGAAUAUAGAUGUGAUUGUGGCACUAUUUUUUCAAGGCGAGAUAGCUUCGUGACUCAUAGGGCUUUUUGUGAUGCAUUAGCUGAGGAAACAGCUAGAGUUACUGCAGCAUCAAAUAUGCACAACCCAUUGGCUGGAAACAACAUCAAUUACCAUUUCAUAGGUUCCCCCUUAGGUCCAAACAUGGCACAACAUUUCUCUUCUCUUUUCAAGCCAAUUUCAACCAACAACGAAAACUCAGACCCAAUUAUGAGAAGAGAUCAACUGUCACUUUGGAAUAUGGAGCAAGUAUCUCAACAACAGCAAACGAUAGGUAACAAUAACCUCCAGGAAAUCCAUCAAAUAGGUCCUCUAAUUCAAACUUCAGCUGCAGCUGUUUAUGACACAAAUACCCUUCUUGCACCACGUUCAAAUCCUCCACCAGUAAAUUACAACCAUGUUAACUGGGAACAAUUAACAAACACCUCAUCUGCAAACGUAACUGUUCCAUCACUGUUUAGUAACCAACACCAAUCUCACCAGCAAAUUACACCUUCUUCUACUGCUAGUAUGUCAGCUACUGCUUUGCUCCAAAAAGCUGCUCAGAUAGGAGCGACAACCACAACUACUGACCCAUCAUUUCUUGGAAACAAUUUUGGGAUGAAUAAUUGCAACGUCAAGAACAAUAAUGUUCAAGUUCAAGAAGUGAACAACAACAAGUUGUGUGGAUUUUACGUUACUACUACAAAUAACUCAAUCACUACUAGUCUUGGAAGUGAAGUAGAUCAGGGUUCAGUAAAUGAUUUAUCUACGUUGAACCAGCUGCAGAUGUAUAAUCCUCCUUCAAAACGUCGUCACAUACAAACUCGUGAAGAUAGUGUGACAGGAGGAGGAGUGGGAGGGCAAACUAGAGAUUUCUUGGGAGUUGGGGUACAAUCAAUUUGCCACCCUUCUUCCAUCAAUGGAUGGAUAUGAUUAAGUUGGGCAAUUUUAUUUUCACAUUUAAUAUUCUGUUUUAAAUCGGCUUACAGUCUAUGGUAUCGGUGAAAGCCUUCCAAUCAGUAGGUGUGUGAGUUCAAUCCUCACUGUUUCAUUCUCCUUAUCUAAUCCCCAAUGUAAUAAAUUUUAUUUUUAAAUAUUUUGUCUGAAGAAA